GCCGAUCGUUAUUUCUUCUCCCUCGAAACCUUUCAAGAAUCAAAACAAGAAGAAAAAAUCCUAAAAAGUUUACAACAAAAUUCAAUCUCAAAUUAGGGUUUGGAUGUCGACCCGAAAUCGGCGUUUGAAUACAUCAUCGUCAUCGUCGUCAUCGUCAAGGGCAAGGAGACCGUCGAUCACCAGGGAUCAAAGCAAGAAGAUGGGUGCUGCGAAGACGCAGUUUAGUAAGAAGAGAGUCGCUCUUAGCGACAUAACCAACCAAGGAAAUGGCUUUCAAAACGGGUCACGGGUCAUGGCUACUCACUCAAAACCCAUGGUGCCUUGUACGUCCAAAGUUGCCAAGAAGAAGGAAACUUCUACUUGCACUCAGGAUAAUGAUCUAUGUUGGAACACUUUGCCUAGACCUUUGAGUUUAGAAUCAUGUGGCAGUGUUUCUUGUAUGGAUACAAUUCGGAUGAGAGAUGAUCAUCCUACCACAGAAGUUUUAGGUCUUCCUUCUUCAAGCAGCUUGCAUACGCCUAGAAGCAUGAAUAUCUCUCCAUGUAGAUCAUUUUGUGCUUCAGUCUCUUUGGAUGAGACAAUGUCUACUAGUGAUUCCUUGAGCAGCCCAGAUUUUGAAUAUGUAGAGAAUGAAGAGCUAUCAGCAGUUAAGCCUAUUGAGAGGAAGGCAAACAACAAUCUGUCCAUAUCAGAGUACACACAGAAAGAAGGGAAGAUUUCCAAGAGAAAUGUAUUUUUGGAGGUGGGACCGAAUGAUAAUGUCGUUGCCGUUGAUAACACUUUCACAGAUCCCCAGUUUUGUCCAUCCAUUGUUCAUGACAUUUACAAGAAUGCGCGUGCUGCUGAGGCCAAAAAAAGGCCUUCUGUACACUUCAUGGAGAUGGUCCAGAAAGAUAUUAAUGCCAGCAUGCGAGCUAUUCUCAUCGAUUGGCUAGUGGAGGUUACUGAAGAAUACAGGCUUGUACCUGAGACACUAUUUUUGACAGUGAAUUACAUUGAUCGUUAUCUUUCUGGCAAUUCAAUUAACAGACAACAGUUGCAGUUGCUUGGAGUUGCCUGCAUGAUGAUUGCUUCUAAAUACGAGGAGAUAUGUGCACCUCAAGUGGAGGAGUUCUGUUAUGUUACUGAUAACACAUACUGCAAGGAUGAGAUUUUGGAAAUGGAAUCUGCUGUGCUGAAUUACUUGAAGUUCGAAAUGACGGUCCCAACCGCUAGAUUUUUUCUUAGGCAAUUUGUUCAUGCUGCUCAAAUGAUCAAUCAGGUUCAAUCAAUGCAGUUUGAAUGUUUGGCCAGCUACAUUGCAGAGUUAUCACUUCUUGAGUAUACCAUGCUUCAUUAUGCUCCAUCGCAGAUAGCUGCUUCUGCUGCUUUCUUGGCCAAAUUUAUACUCUCUCCUUCAAAGAAACCUUGGGAUUCUAUAUUGGGCCACUACACACUAUACCGGCCCUCUGAUUUGGGAGACUGUGUUAAGGCACUGCAUCAUCUCUGCCGUAAUGGUGGUUGUGCUAAUUUGCCUGCUAUCAGAGAGAAGUAUAGUCAGCAUAAGGUGAGUAGGUUCUCCAUCUUUCUCGGGCAAUAUGUUUACUACAAUGCUACGGUUGGCCUAAGUUUUCAACAAAGUGAGAAUCCAACAAUAUGGUCCUCUAAAUAUGCACUUGGUACAUGGACUGAAAUUUUUCCUGUACUUGAAUUGAUAAGUUCUCCUUCAUGAAAGGGAAAAAAAAGAGUAGGGUAAAUAACAGAUUUUGUAACUUGUUGAGAUAUAGAUUGUUUAGUUUUAUGUUAAACCUGAUAUUCGUUAUUUUAAGAA